CGUCCGUUACAACGAGUGCUUAGUUUAGUUUUCCUCUAUUUGGGGCCCUGCGAAAUUGGCAGUUCACUUUCGUUGGUGGCUCGAGUGCGACGUGCGGCAGCGAAAAACGCUUUUCCAGGCAGAGUGCGCCAUUACUUGCCUGCAAGUCAGCCACAGCAGUUUAUCGGUAAUUGCCCUGCAAAUUAAAUCAAACGCGUUUCGUCAACCGCCGUCCUCUUAACCAGUAAAAAGUAAACAAACAAUACAAAUCUACAAUCUCACGCGAAAAACAAUAAAGCGAUCGUUCAUAAAUUAGUGCAAAAAGACAAAGGCAUCCGAUUUCGAGUCCAGAUCCAAAUCCAAAUCCAUAAAAGAUGGCGUUUAUUUCGAAAGAUUUUCGGUCUCCGGGGGAAACUUGGAUCAAAACUGAAGGCGGCUGGGAGCGAUCCAAAGUGCUUGAGUGCGGAGGCAAACGGAAGCGACAUCACUCGGAGGGAAGUAGCAGCUACCAGGAUGCGGGCAGCGACAGUUCGGAGGAUGACGCGGUGAUGCCACCGCACUACCACAUCACCAUAAGGUGUACCCGAGAGAUAGCCGGCUUUAAUGGACUCAGCGAGGCUGUGAAGCGUCUGGAUUUUCGGCGAUCUGUUCGCGACCGAAAGCGGUUCCACUACAUCUGCGCCUUCCUCCUACUCGUGUCCAACAAGGGCAUCGCCAGCCUGCCGGGCAGUGCCCAGCGCCAACUCCUCCAAAUGGUCGAGGAGGUGGCCUCACAUGUAAAUGACAGUCAGCAGCAUCCGAAUGUGCUGCGUGGCCUGGCCCUGAAGUUGGAGCACAUCGUCAGCCAGGAGAACCAGAAGUGCUGGGGCAAGCCCCUGGGCAGCACCUACCUGUGGAAGGAGCACAUGGCCACCAUCAAGCGCAUCCAGCGCGUAGCCAGCCAGAUCGAAAUUCGAGAGCCCGAUCCGGAGGCCAAGCCCAAGCUGCACGAGCUGCCGGAGGAGUGUGUGCGGGAGAUCAUCCUGUGCAUCGCUGACCAUCGGGACCUGGAAUCGGCCGCCGAGGCCUGGGAGACCAUGGCCAAGCUGGUGUCCGAGCAGCGCAUCUGGCGCGAGCUGACCCGCUUCCACUUCAACCAGCGCCAGAUCCACACCAUCCUCGACCUGGACAAGUUCAAGCAGAUGGGCGAGAUCAAGGACUGGAAGCAGAUCUACCACCAGCUGCGCCGCACCUAUGGCGUAAACGACGACUACCAGUUCGCCGAGGUGCUGGCCCUGUGCCGCUCCUGCUGCUGCCUGUUCUGGCCCUCGGACGGGCAUCCGUGCAUCGUGGACCAGAGUCCGGACUACAAGCAGCGCCUGGAGGAGGCGGGUGGACAGUUGGCCCUGGCCCAACCCGUGCCACCGGCCCAGUUUCUUAAGUACUUCUCGUUGUAAGCCGGCGGAUCGGACCAAGGGAGAGAGAUAGAGAUAGAUCGAAAGUAUUUUUAUGGAGUGGAUAGGUUGAUUGGCUGCGAAUGAGAGUCUUUAUGCGUGUGUUAAAGUUUUACCCUUGGAGAGAAGAUGCGGGGAACGGAUGAGGAGACGAGGUGGAUCAGAAAAAGCAAAGUGAUAAAGAAAUCCCUAAUCUAUAACUACAUAUGUAUGUACGUAAAUCGCCAGGCUCGUUUCGAUUGGUUUGCAGUUUGUCCAGGUUAAGGUUCAGAUUCUAGUUCAUCGUGGCUUCAGUUCAGUUCUUUGCCAACCCGUUGUAUUGUUAGACCAUCUACGUUUGAACCACAAUCUGUGCAGGUCCGAAGAUUACUAUUAGUUGUGUAGACAUAUUUAUCGACUCGCGUGCCAGUUGCCAGGGUCCAAUUUUGGGUCGCUAAUCUUUGAGGUCGGUGUGGUUAUAGACUUAUUUAGGACACGCAACACGAACUGCCACAAAACGAGAAUAAGCGAUUAUUUUUUGUCAAACUGAUUAUUGCAAAACGUGUAUCGAGAAACUAUUUUUAAAGUACCAGUAUAUAUAAUUACCGAUUUGUUCAUUUUAAGACAAACGAUAAAUACACUUUUAUGCAUGACUUUUGAACGAUCUAUUGUAGGUUUUAAGUGUAGUUUCUUUUACGUAUAUCAGCUGCUUUUGGUGCUAAAUCUUAUUAUAAGUUCCAUUGAAACAAAAUCAAAUCAAAACCAACCAACUCUAGUUACCCCGUCCCCAUUGCGAUCCGGAUUCGAUCUGUAGUUCCAAGUAGAAGCCGUAGAGUGGAGGAAAUCAUGUGAUGUUGCAGGAAGCAAAGCUAGAAACGAAUACACCUACCUACACCUAACUUUAACAAAUCUUCAAGCGAUUUGCCGCAAAGCAAUGCUAUAUACAAAUAUUAGAGAUCGUCGCCAGUAUAAGAGUGAUUAAAUGGAAUGCCGACCCAGACACCAGAUUAAUUCUAACCCUAAGACAGAUCGGAAGCCAAGUAUUUCCCAAAAACCAAAACAGAACCCUCUUUGCUGCCUGAUGGCCCCGUGCUUGAUGAAACAGAACAGGAACAUAGUUAAUGUUAAUGUGUAUAGAUACCCGUUGGUGGAAACCCCGAUCCAAGCCUCAUGAUUUCCCUGUAAAAUACCAGUUCGAUCACAAUAAUUUUACUACACCUAUUACUAUUGUAAGUACGAAAGUUUUAGCAUUCUCAAUCAUUUGUUUGCAAAUAUUUCUAUUCGAUAUAAGUCUCUCAUUUUUUGUUUAAAAUAAACUUGCAAAUAUCUGUGGAUCA